AUGAAGUGCGUCGUCUCAAGCUGUCCGAACCGCGUGGUGAACUAUAACCGAGGAUGCUUCAACCGACCACCGAAGAGGUUCUUCAGUUUCCCCAAAGACCCGGACCGGGUGAAGGUAUGGCUGGCAGCGCUGAGGGAGACGGACAAGGCGGACUCUGCAGAAGAGUAUUUAAUCUGUGAAGACCACUUCCUGCCAGAGGACAUCUCCAAACACGGGGUUGCCAGUGAUGCUAUUCCCCUCAUGCCUCCUCACCUGGACGGUUCGCUGAUCAGUUCCUGGGGAGCGGACUCGACUGAGGAAGAUGAACAGUGGUCCACCGGAGGCUGUGAUGGUGAUGGUGAUGAAGAUGAAGGUGGAGAGGAUACUCCGGCUCCACCAAAUCUACCGCAGCAGGAUCCAAGUGGAAGUUUAGAGAAUCCUCCAGAAGCUGAGAAGACCAGUAAGACCAGUGCUGCCUGGCGACUGAGGGAAGAGUCCAGUACGGACAGCAGACCAAACAUGCCUCUGGAUUUGCUGACUCGUCAUUUCAUGGAGCUGCUGCAGGCGUCUCCCGACGGCUCUUUGGACCUCCAGCAUUUGGCCACGAGCCUGCACACCCCUUUACAGCAAGUCUACAACAUCACCAACAUCCUGGACGGCAUCAGCCUCAUCCAGAAGGAGUCGGCCAAUAGGAUCAAGUGGAUAGGAUGCAGUCCGAUCUCCAGCUUUCUGUGGCGGACAAGGCAGACGUUCUGGAGAGAGCUGAAGAACCUGAAGCAAGUAGAGAGGGAGCUAGACGGCCUCAUCAAAAGCUGCGCCCAGCAGCUCUUUGACAUGACUGACGACGAGAAAAACUCUGCGUCGGCGUACGUGACCCGUGAGGACAUCAGCCGACUCGGAGGUUAUAAGGAGCAGACAGUGAUCGUCAUCCACGCUCCAGAGGAAACUAAACUGGAGAUUCCUGCACCAAAAGAGGAAAGCAUCCAGGUCCAUCUGAAGGCAAGGAAGGGUCCUAUCAUGGCCAUGACCUGUGAGGUUGGCUCAGGAGACCCUGUGGAGAAGAGCAGCAGCUUCUUAACGCUGGAGGAGAGCCGCAUCAGGACGGCCACACUGGACACAGAGCCUUCAGGUCCACAGAGUGCUGUGCAGACAACAUAACCACCAGCCAACCACCGGGAGGCGCCAGCGUUCCUCAGUGUUCAGUCACCAAACCUGGUUAGACCAUCUGCAGGUACCGACAACAACUAAUGCACACAGUGGAACAUUAUGGAGAUUUCUACUGACUUUAGGUGCACAUGAGCUCACACUGGAUGUGAAAAGAGAUUUCAGUCAGACUCUGCUGAUAUCAAACCAGCUGCAAGACAAACAGCAAAGUUGUCACUUCAAACCAGUUAAUGGUGGAAAUGAUUUGAGUGUAAAAACAGUGUUUAUGGAUCAUUUUUAAUAGCAUCCACAAAACUAUUUUUUACUUUUAGUCCUUGGCAACGCUGAUCCUACUGUGAAGCGUGAGCAGGACGUUUAUUUUUGUAAUGACAGCGCAGAGACGAUCACAUGAUCAUCCCGUCUGGAUGUGAAAAUAUGAAUAUUUGUUGUUUUGUGUUGCUAGU